AUGAUUGGAUCGAAACACAGCAGGCCACAGCGGCAGAAGAGGGCGACCAAGCAAGGGCGAAACGUCGCGACGAACAGAUGGGGCGAUCCGUCAGCUGCACCGGAGCAUUUCUCCUCGAGAGAGGGAGCGGUAGAGGAUGCAAGGGACGGUCGACGUUCUGCAAUCCUGCUAUCUCGCCAGCGGGAGCGGUUGACCAGUAGCCGGUCUUGGCCAGCGCUGACGGGAGAAGUGCGUGCGUGGUUUCGACGGGAAGGAUGGAACGGUACAGACGGGAACCCGAUGGAGGAGAAACCGUCUGAUUGGGAAAAUCAGAGGGAAAAGGAAGAAUCCAGCAGAGAGAGGAGAGAGAAUAAGAGAGAGGGAGAGGAGGGACCGGGCAGGGUGGUGGUGAUGGUGGUGGUAGUGGUGGUUAUGCUUGACCGGGCCAGGGCAGGGACGAUGAUACAAGGACCCGAGAGUGAGAGAGGCUUAUCGGAAACGACGGUCGGCGACGAGAGGGAAGCGAGGGGCAGGAAGAGGAGGGGGAGGAGGGGAAAGAAGAAAAGGGACAGGGGAGGACAAGACAAGACAGGGCAAAGGCAAAAAAAGGGACUGGGCCGUGUCGAGUCCAGGACGUUUCGUCGCAGCAAGUCAGUUAAUUAA